UGGUUCCUCAACGGCAAGCAGGUAGACAACGACGAGCGCCACACCGUCACCACAGAGGUCGGCGGUCAAGUCGACAGCGAGCUCGAAAUCAAACACUUCAAUUCUUCCGAUGCUGGCAAGUACGUGGUGCGCGCUGUGAGCCUGUCGGGCGAGGCGGAGUGCGAGGCGGCGGUGUCGCUGGCGCAGACGCCGCCGGGCUUCGCGCACAAGCUGGAGCGCCAGAAGGACGUCGACGAGGGCGAGCCUCUCGAGCUCAAGGCCAAGCUGGACGGCAGCCCCAUACCCACCGCCAAAUGGUACAAGGACGGCGCGCCGCUGGCCGCGGAGGACGGCCGCGUGAAGCAGACGGCGCUGCCCGACGGCACCGUGAAGCUGAGCAUUGAGCACGUGACGCCCGCAGACUGCGGCGCGUACAAACUUGUCAUCAGUAACCCUAAUGGCGAGAACUCCGCGCUCUGCGCUGUCGCUGUCAACCCCACUCCGCGCAAGCCGUCGUUCAGCGAACCGCUAGAGGACGUGAAGGCUGUGGUGGGGCAGCCGCUCAAGCUGCAGGCGCGCGUCAUGGCUUUCCCCGCGCCCGAGGUCAAGUGGUUCAAGGAUGGUCUACCAAUCCGUCCAUCGCAAGCCGUCAACUUCAUCAACCAGCCGGGCGGCAUCAUCGGGCUGAGCAUCGACAGCUGCCGGCCAGAGGACGCGGGCCAGUACGCGCUCACCGUUGCCAACAAACUCGGCGACGUCGAGUCCAAGGCCAAGGUCGAGGUGCUGCAGAAGGAGCGCAAGCCCGCCUUCGUCGCCGAGCUUAUGCCCGUCAAGGUCAUCGAAGGAUUCCCUGCUAAACUGGAAGUUAAAGUGCUAGGACAUCCACCACCGGUCAUCAAGUGGACUCACAACGGUCAAGAGAUAGUUCCGGACGGCACGCGUGUCCGGGUGGUGACGCAGCCGGACGGCGCGGUGGCACUGCUCAUAGCAGAGGCCAAGGCGCCGGACUUUAAUAAUCAUUUGCCGGGAUACUAA